GGCGAGCCAGCCACAUUCCGAGCGCUACCGAGAAAGAAACUAGCUACGGAGAGAAACUUCAUUUGAGAACUCCUUCAUUUCCUUUGCGCCUCCUCGUAUCUGCACUGCAGCUACCAAGCUUGAAGCGUCCAAGAACAAGGAGGAAGAUCAAAUAGGUAGCAAUGGCGUGCAGCUUCGUCGCCCGCGUCUCCCUCUUCCCCGCGCUCCUGCUCGCCCAGCCCGCACCACUCGCCAUCACCUGCAGGCUGCGUCCCGGCUCGGCGGGAGGUUAUCAUCGCGUCCUGGCGGCGGCGAGGCCGGCCAAGAGGACGCUCGGCUCCGUCAGAUACGGCACCGGGGCGGCGGCGUUGCGCGCGGAGGAGGCCGAGGUGGCGGUGCCACCGUCGGUGCCCGUGCGCGUCGCCUACGAGCUGCAGCUAGCCGGCCACCGCUACCUCGACGUCAGAACCGAGGGUGAGUUCGGCCCCGGGCAUCCUGCAGGAGCCGUGAACGUCCCUUACAUGUACAGCACGGGCUCAGGGAUGUCGAAGAACUCGCAUUUUGUAGAGCAAGUGUCGGCGAUCUUUGGAAGGGAGGCCGAGAUAAUCAUCGGAUGCCAGAGUGGCAGGAGGUCUCUCAUGGCGGCAGCUGAGCUCUGCUCCGCGGGUUUCACUGCCGUGACCGACAUCGCAGGAGGGUUCUCAGCCUGGAGGGAGAACGGGCUGCCGGUCAGCCGGUGAUAGCAGGCGGCUGGCUUCUCUGAAUUUUCUGAAACACAAUAAUCUGUCCAGGAGGAUGUGAUGCCUGAUAGUCUUGAUCUCUGGUUCAAGAUGCCACGGCCACAGUAAUAAACUGAAUAAAAAUGGAGCUUGAGUGCAAA